AUGAGUGUUAACAAACAGUCUGAGAUCGAGCGCAUGGCAUCACCUGCAGGCCCGUCCAGCACUGGGUCGACUUGGAACAAUUCCCAAGUCGAACACAGCGACGUUGAAAAAGCUCUGUCGAUCCAUGAGGGCAAAGAUGUCACAGCCACGGUAAACCAGACGGUCGACCCCGAUAUUGUCGACUGGGACGGCCCCGAUGACCCCGAGAACCCGUUGAACUGGCCGUCGAGGAAGAAGUGGGCAAAUAUCGCGUUCCUGUCGAUGAUCACGCUUUUGACACCAUUUGGCUCCUCGAUGUUAGCACCGGCCGUGCCACAGGUGAUGAGCGACUUCAACUCGGAGAGUGAAGCCCUGGCCUCGUUCGUGGUAUCCGUCUACGUCCUGGGCUAUGCAUUCGGCCCCCUUGUCAUAGCCCCAAUGAGCGAAUUGUAUGGUCGACUAUACGUCUAUCACGUCAAUACCUUUCUCUUCAUGGUAUUCAAUCUCGCUUGUGGCUGGUCGACCAGCUUGUCCAUGCUGAUCGUGUUCCGCUUCUUGGCUGGGGUUGCUGGCUCCUGUCCAUUAACUGUUGGCUCGGGCUCAAUCGCAGACACAUUCAGGCAGGACCAGCGUGGGAAGGUGAUGAGUAUCUGGACGUUCCCCAUCCUGUUUGGACCAAGCAUGGGACCAGUGGUGGGCUCCUACCUAUCCGAGAUCGGCUGGGAGUGGAACUUUUACCUGCUGGGAAUCUGUACCGCCGUCCUCUUGAUCGUGGCGCUCAUCAUUCAAAGAGAAACCUACCCUCCAGUCCUCCUCGAACGGAAAGCCAAGCGACUCCGCAAGCAAACGGGCAACGACAAACUCCGAUCGGCACUCCAAUCGAGCAAGACGCCUGGGCAACUGAUCUUCUUCAGCGUGGUUCGUCCGACAAAGAUGCUGGUCCUUUCGCCCAUCGUUUUUGGACUCUCGCUGUACAUUGCCGUGGUUUAUGGCUACCUGUACCUCCUGUUCACGACCAUGACAUUCGUCUUCCGGGAUCAGUACGGAAUCAGCCCCAGCAACGUCGGGCUGGUCUAUCUUGGUAUUGGACUCGGCCAGUUCAUCGGCCUGCUGUUGUUCGGGGCUUAUUCGGACAAAUUGCUGAGGAGGAUGGCCAAGGGAGGUGAGAUGAAGCCCGAGUACAGGUUGCCGCUGCUUUGGCCUGGCGCCAUCAUUGCCCCUCUAGGUCUCGUUCUGUAUGGCUGGACCGCGCAGUACAAAGUCCAUUGGAUUGUCCCCAUCCUGGGCACGACCAUGCUUGGAGCGGGCCUUGUGGGGUCGUUCAUGCCAGUCGGUGUUUAUCUCAUCGACGCAUACACCGUCUACGCGGCGAGCGCCAUGGCAGCCAACACGGUCCUUCGCAGCCUUGGAGGCGCUUUCCUACCUCUUGCGGGACGAGACAUGUACAAUGCCCUGGGACUCGGGUGGGGGAAUUCUCUGCUGGCAUUCAUUGCGUUGGGCAUGUCGCCGAUGAUAUGGUUCUUUCUGAAGUAUGGUGAGAGGAUAAGGACGCAUCCAAAGUUCCAGUUGAAUUUAUGA